UCCAGCAGGAGCAGUGAAAGGUUGUGUUCACUCACGUGUCAGGAAACCAAGUCAGACUUUUGCUCAUUGGCUGCGGUUCUUUGUAAAACUCACUGAAUUUUCGUGGCUCCUUUUUCAAUGUCGACCCUGUCACACCUGGACAGGUCCCACCUUUCUUCCUCGGUGGUGUGAAAGUGGCGUAUGUGUUACUCGGGGUUUGGUAAAUGUUUGCGGGGAUGCUGAGAGCCCGUCACCCUGGAGCGGGGGUCUGUGCUGCGUCUGCUUCCUGCUGGAGACGUUUGCGCGCAGAGCAGGCGCGCGCUCCUCCACGAGCCUCGCCUUUAACGUUGCUGGACACACGCGUGACCGUGUGAACGAUGAAUGACUCUGUGUCUAACUCCUCCACUUGGAAAGCGGAGUCUGCGCUCGUUUGCGCGGGAUUCGCCGUCAUCUUCCUGCUCGGCACGGUGGGGAACUCUCUGGUGCUCGCGGUCCUGUUUCGCAGCGGACAGAUGAACACCAAAACCACCAACCUGUUCAUCCUCAACCUGGCCAUCGCGGAUCUGUGCUUCAUCGUGUUCUGCGUGCCCUUCCAGGCCACCAUCUACACUCUGGAUGAGUGGGUGUUCGGACCUGCAGUCUGCAAAGUGGUGCACUUCAUCAUCUUCCUCACCAUGUACGCGAGCAUCUUCACCUUGACAGCCGUGUCCCUGGACAGGUAUUUAGCCAUUUGCUACCCGCUCCGCUCCCGAGAGAUGAGGACGCCAAAGAACGCGCUCACCUCCAUCGGGCUCCUCUGGGCCCUGGCCUUGGUUUUCUCUGGACCAUAUCUCAGCUACUUCUCACAGAUGGACCUGGCUGGCACUGUUGUGUGCAUUCCUACGUGGGAGUCCAAACCUCGCAUCAUAAUGGAUAUGUGCACGUUUGUCUUCGGCUACCUCGUGCCCGUGCUGGUGCUCGGCCUCACCUACGCCCGCACCAUCCGAUACCUGUGGACCAGCGUGGGCCCCUUGAAGGACAUGUCCGAGUCGAGGCGGGCCAAGUGGAAAGUCUCCAAGAUGAUCAUCAUCGUCGCUGCUCUCUUCUGCCUUUGCUGGCUUCCCCAUCACCUGGUAAUCCUCUGCAUGUGGUUGGGCCGAUUCCCGCUCAACUACACCACCUAUGUCCUCCGCAUCCUCUCACACUUUGUGGCCUACACCAACUCCUGCCUCAACCCCAUCGUCUACGCCCUUGUGUCAAAGCAUUUUCGCAAAGGCUUCAGGAAGGUGUUCAGCUGCUCGCUGAAGAGGAGGGAGGUGAAUAAGGUGCAUGUUCAGGCUGUGAACAUGGUCAGCAGCAUCGAUGUGUCCAAUUAAAGGUAACAGCCUCGGAGGAAGAGCCAGCCAUCUACCACAUAGAAGGAACUGCUGAGUUCUAAAGUAACAAAGACAGAAGAUCAAGGAGGUCUUCACAACAGUCUCCUGACCUCCAGGACUUUUUUAGCCAUCAAAGGCACUUCAGCUGGCAGAUGGCAACAUUGUCUACAAAUUCAGUCGAGGAGUCUGUUACACAAGACUGUUUUGCAGUCUAUACUUACAUGUAGAUUCAAAUGUACUAAGUCGGAUCAGUUAAUUAAAGUCAAAAUCAGCAUGAGAGAAGAUGAUCUUCAUGAAACUAUCAUAAGGUUGAGAUGUCUCAGCUAAUGUAAAAAUACAUAUUAGAUACUAACUUUGGAUUAAAUUGAUCAAAUAGAUGUUUGGCCACCCUCAGUGAUGUACUAAACACUUUUUAAGGCCAGCAUUUGGUGUGAUCGCCUCUUUGGCAAUCCUGAAUUUGAUGACGGGCGUUCCUAUGAGUGAAUUGAUGCCGUCUGUUCGAUGUCACGUCAAACCUGACUGACACUGGUGAUCCCCACUGGGACUUUUUUCUAUGCCCAUGCAUUGUCCCAGAAAUGAUCAGUGUACUUGAAUGAGUUGUUGUACAUAGAGAAUAUUCAUGGUCCCCAGUGGAUGAAUCGGACCUUCCCUCUAUGCCAGCCGGCCGGCAGGUUAAACCUUUGAUGUGACCUGUAGUUUCUGUCACUCUGGGCAUGUGAGCUUCAGAACAAAACAGCUACUGUCUUUAGCUUUUAUUUCAUGCUGUUUAUAUGCAGUAGUGUAGAAAUCUGUAUAUGUAAGGUUGUCUACUGACACAGCUCAGCUCAAAAAAGAAAGACCAGGCAAGGCAGGGACUUUGAAAAUGAUCAUUUAUUAGUCAAACUAAAUCAAAAGAAUAUGUUCGUCGGGAGUGUAAAGCACACAUGGAUGUGUGACAAAGUGUGUAGAAAGUAAAGAGCCUCGGAGAAAGGAGGGAGCUUUCAUAUAUAAGCUCACUGGGCUCAGGGAGCUAAUUAUUCUCCCAUUAGCUCCUGCAGAACAAAGCACGGCACAAAAAUCAAGACUGGGAUUUUCUGACUCGUUCUCUGGCAUCACUGUAACACCUUGGUUCACCUCAGGAUUACUGCUAAUCUCUUAAAAAGCUGUAAUUAAAUAGAUAAAUAAUUGAUUGAUCCCACAAGGGAAAUUACUGUGUUACAGCUGCAGCAUGAAAAAUAAACAUAGUGCAGUUUACAAUAAAUGAAAAACAUAAAGUGGCACAGGUGUGCAGUCAGGGCUUUAUACUGUGAGAGCGUGCAGAAGCACACAGCAGUAUAUUUGCGUAAAAUGCAACUGAAAUAUAUAAAAUCAGAGGUUUUAUUCAUUUAAAUAAUUAAUCAUUAAGGAAAAUGUGCUCAGUUUUAACUGAAUGUGUGCUAGUCAAGUAAAUUUUAUUUGAAUAGAUUCCAUUAAAUUCAUUUUUUUAUGUUUUAUUUAAAAAAAAAAAAUUAAUGGAAAAUUUACAGUUGAAAUGGGGCCGUUAUGCACAUGCUGAUGAUUUGGGAUACAUACCCGAAUUCAACAUUUUGGUUUUCAUAUUCAAACAUUUAUUAGUAGUUGGAAAAUAAAGCUGUAAAAACAGGUGGAAGCCUCCACGCCAUCCGCCCGAAAUUUGAAUGAGACACUGAAUUUACAUAUUUAAACUUGAUGAAAUUAAACAAUAAAGUCUGAUUAUGACACUAAAUAUUUUUAUUAGCUCUGUUAACUUCUGUUAUAUGUUGGGCGUCAAUGUAGCUGCUAUAUUAUUACAGGCCAGCUGCGCCUUUUAAUGCACGUUGGUGCAGGCAGGAGAUCUGUGAACGUUAAAAUCAUCACAAAUCAGCAGAUUUCAAACAGUUUUCAGAGCUUUUGUUUUGGUUGUAGUUGUAACAGAGUUUCAGUCGCCCCAUUAAAACAACAACAAGUGUGUUUAAUGCACCCAGUCCUGCUCUGCAUGUUUCUGUAACUACUAUUCAGCUACAUACACAUGUUGACUCUUAUGUCAUAAAAAGCAAAAUGUCAUGAAACAACUUCUCAGGUGUGGAGUGUUUCUCUCUCAGGACCGUAACAGGAGGGGUUAAUUUCACCUCUGACCUAAUGUUUUUAUUAAUAUGUAACUCGGGUGUUUUGUGUGGACACGUCAGCACGACGACGCUGCGAAGGAGUCAGAGGUCACACACACGCUGUGUUAAAAGGCCCAGAGUCGUGCUCAAGACCCACGAAGAACAUUUUAAAGCACGAGGCCACGUUAGCAUUUCUUAUUUAGUGACUUGACUUUAAAAAGCACUUUUUAAAAGUGUGUCAGCCAAUUACAACAAAAAAACAGAGGGAUGCAUAAAAACCAAGAUAAGAUAAAGAGCUGCUUAUUAAAUGCUUUUGUUGUGGUAAUAAACAAUAAAUAAAUAAGAUUUUUAGAUACAGGAUGUGUCAUGAAUCAUAAAGAUGUGAAAUACAACCUGAGGUAUGUAAAUUGUCAUUUUCAUGUCACAGCUGACUCACUGAGUUUCAAAAUUCAGACAUCUUGUUAAAAUCACACUUUUCUUUAAUCUCAGGCUGCUCAUCAGGUCAUUAUGAACAGAUCGCUCAUGAAAAUGGCAAAAAAUAUUUCUGUUAGGUGUUUAAAGGGCUGGUGUAAGAGCUUCUUGUUUUAAUAUAUAUAUGUAGGCUGUCAGUACGUAUACUUUUACUGGUCAGCUGCUGUUUGUUGAUUGUAUUUAGCUGGCAGUGUCGAGCCAUAACAGCAGAAAGCGGAUCUGUUACUGUGAAGUGAGGCGUUGCCGGUGUUUUAUAUGCAGAAGUGUUGCUGUAACGUGGAGAUCAUCGUCAGAGCUGUUAAAUAAAGUCAUUGAGCUGCA